AAUCAGAACGAGACUCUCUUUAUAUAUACUGGUAGAAAGUGACACACUUUCAUUUUUCCCUCAGCUAGCUGCUUUUAGGAAAUUUCUCAUGGCUCGCACUAAGCAGACAGCUCGCAAGUCCACCGGGGGCAAGGCCCCGCGCAAGCAGCUGGCCACCAAGGCGGCCCGCAAGAGCGCGCCGGCCACCGGCGGCGUGAAGAAGCCCCACCGCUACCGACCCGGCACGGUGGCGCUGCGCGAGAUCCGCCGCUACCAGAAGUCCACCGAGCUGCUGAUCCGCAAGCUGCCCUUCCAGCGCCUGGUGCGCGAGAUCGCGCAGGACUUCAAGACCGACCUGCGCUUCCAGAGCUCGGCCGUGAUGGCGCUGCAGGAGGCAUGCGAGGCCUACCUGGUGGGGCUCUUCGAGGACACCAACCUGUGCGCCAUCCACGCCAAGCGCGUCACCAUUAUGCCCAAGGACAUCCAGCUCGCACGGCGUAUUCGUGGGGAGAGGGCGUGAACUGUUUCUUAACCUUAUACCCAAAGGCUCUUUUAAGAGCCACCCAGAGUUUCUAUGAAAGAUUGCUGUGUACUUGUAGUGUCGAAGCAUUCUCAUCUGCAUGCCAUCCCCUU